UGAACACACUUAAUUAACGAAAGCUAGGAGCAAAGCAAAAUACGGUUAAAAUUUGCUCCAGCUUGUGAAAACGGCAAAAAAGUAAAAUUUUUAUAUUUUUAAUGAAUCGAAAUUUUCAAGAAAAAUUAUUAGAUACGAACGAAUUUGAAAUUCGCUUAUUUGCAAAUCAAUUGGAAGCAAAUUUAUUUUGACUAUCAGUGUUUCAAGAACGGCCUCAAAAUUGGCAAAAUAAGGAAGAACAAGAAAAUGAGCUACAACGAAAAGUGUGAUGGUAUAACAAAGGAAGAUUGGAUGCGAAAGUUGGAACAAUUCCCAUAUAAACAAAGCGAUAUGAAUCGAUUAAUUAUGAAUUAUUUAGUGACUGAGGGGUUCAAAGAGGCUGCCGAAAAAUUUCAGUUGGAGGCUGGACUCGAACCGAGUGUUGAAUUGAGUUCAUUAGAUGAUCGCAUAUUGAUACGCGAAGCCGUACAAAGUGGACGAAUUCAGGAGGCAACACAUCUCGUUAAUCAAUUGCAUCCGGAGCUGCUAGACAAUAACCGUUAUUUAUUUUUUCACUUGCAACAAUUGCAACUUAUUGAAUUGAUUCGUGCUGGACAAAUUGAAGAAGCUUUAACAUUCGCUCAAAAUAAAUUAUCUGAAGCCGGUGAGGAUAUACCUGAAGCGCUUAAUGAACUUGAACGAACAUUGGCUCUAUUGGCCUUUGAAAAGCCACAAAACAGUCCUUUUUCUGAUUUAUUAGAGCAAUCGCAUAGACAAAAGAUUGCCAGUGAACUUAAUGCAGCAAUACUUAAAUGUGAACAUAGCACUGAUUCUACUCCUAAAGUGAUGUUCUUACUAAAAUUAAUUCUUUGGGCUCAGUCAAAACUCGACAGUCGAGAUGUUCACUACCCAAAAAUGGUUAAAUUGGAAACUGCUCUCAUUGAGAAGCCGAAAUAGCUCGAAAAGGAAUUUUGAAAAAUUCGAAAAUAAUCAGAAGCAAAGUACUUUCUAAGGUUAUAUUGACUGGCGCUGCUUCAUUAAUAAAAAAAAUUAAUAAAAUAUAUGUAUUCGUGUGUACAUCCAAUUAAAAAAUAAAAGAGAUUAACACAAAUA